GACAUCAGAACCGAUGCUCUUGGAAAAACUCAGUUCUGUGUGAGCGCAGCCGAGCGAAGACAAGAAACUUUCUCUCUGACAGGAGUCGUGGUUAUAGUUCUGCAGCGCUCAGAUUGCUACGGUCGUUGGAUCAUUGAGUUUUCGAGACUCAAAAUAUCAUACCUACUCCACAUCCAUGUCGUCGCGUUCGGACUUUUAGUGGACAUGAUAUCUACCUUUACGCACGCAGUCUCUCAACUGUAGGGUAUGCAGUUUCCGGAUCUUCGUUUGAGCGUCGAUUUUGGAGAUCAGUUGGACUUUUCCAUUGGCCUUUAUUCUUUUGUGAUUUGAUUUUUUCGACCGACACCUGGCAUUUUCUUUAAGUGUUAACAGUAGGAUGGAGACACGCAGGUAACAAGGGUGGUGAGGACAUUGGCAGGCCAGCGGAGUCGAGCCCUGCGCUCGACAUCAACAGAGCCACUUCCCGAUGAUGACCAUAAACAUGGAUGACGGCCUCCAGAAUGGACCUGGACAGCAUAGGAAUUCACAAGAGGAUGAGGAAGCGCUCCACUCCAUCAUGAAGGACCUGGCGGCGCUCAGCUCGCGCAGUUACCCUAACAGCAACGUGGGCCACAAGCCCAAGAGCCGCCCAAGCCCCAGCCACAGACAGGAUCUCCGGGUGAAGUUGGAGCAUGAGAGAGAGAAACGGAUCAUCAUGUUCCAACAGCCCCUCAAGUUUAAGGAGCUGCUCCAGAAAGUAACCGAAGCUUUUGGCCAACAGAUGGACAUGUAUUACACUGACAAAGAGGUUAUGUUACCGCUGAAGAACCAGGAGGACCUGGAGAAAGUGCCAGUGUGUGCCGGCAUGAACGGCCCCCUUAGGAUAUCUUUGAAAACCCCCAAGAAUAACCAUUUUCUACAGGUGAACAGCAGGGACAAACAGAGCGAGAUGAGAUCAUCCAGGUCACUUGGGGAUAUCAAGGGCUCUCUCCUCAAAGGCUCGGAGCGAGUGCGCAAACAUUCCACAGGAUCUCUGCACACGGGCCGCACCUCCCCCCCUCCCGGCAGCGUUCCUGAGGAGCAGCAGCAGAUCGCCCGCCAGGGCUCCUACACCAGCAUCCACAGCGAGGGCGAGUUCAUCCCCGAGAUCCACGAGCAGAGCCUCAUCGAGCCAUUUGAUGACUCGCUGUCCAGCAACCAGUCACUAGAUCAAGCCCUGGACAGUCCUCCUUUUUCCCAGAACAACCGGGACAACAAUUACCUGAACCUCAACUACGAGUACACAGGUCGGCAUGGGAAACACGGGACUUUCCCUCGUCAGUUCCACUUGUCCAGUCGUACUAAGGACUACGGUGACGGCCGGAGAACGUUCCCACGGAGUUUCAUGCCGGUUCCCCAGGAGAACCUUCUCCAGCUAGUUCCGUCAAGUCGCACACGCAGCUAUAAUGGGGAAAGCACCCUGCAGUAUGACGCACUCUCCUCAGGACCACAACGGAACAGCCACAUGUCGCCGCGGGCACCGGUGAACUGGCGGCAGGGGAAGCUUCUGGGCCGCGGGGCGUUCGGUGAGGUCUACCUCUGCUACGACGCCGACACGGGCCGCGAGCUCGCUGUCAAGCAGGUGCCCUUUGACCCAGACUGCCAGGACACCAGCAAGGAGGUGAAUGCCCUGGAGUGUGAGAUCCAGUUGCUGAAGAACCUCCGGCACGAGCGAAUCGUUCAGUACUAUGGUUGCCUGCGCGACCCAGACCAGAGAAAGCUCUCCAUCUUUGUAGAGUUCAUGCCAGGGGGCUCUAUAAAGGACCAGCUGAAGGCUUACGGUGCUUUGACAGAGAAGGUGACACGCCGAUAUACUCGUCAGAUACUGCAGGGUGUCUCCUACCUUCACGGCAACAUGAUUGUGCACAGAGACAUCAAAGGGGCUAAUAUACUUAGAGACUCCUCAGGAAACGUGAAGCUAGGCGACUUUGGGGCCAGUAAGCGGAUCCAGACCAUCUGCAUGUCUGGCACAGGCAUUAAGUCUGUCACUGGCACCCCCUACUGGAUGAGUCCAGAAGUGAUUAAUGGUGAAGGAUAUGGGAGAAAAGCUGAUGUCUGGAGUGUCGCCUGUACAGUGGUGGAAAUGCUUACUCAGAAGCCCCCUUGGGCUGAAUAUGAGGCCAUGGCGGCCAUCUUUAAGAUAGCCACUCAGCCGACCAAGCCCAACCUUCCUGAUAGCGUGUCUGAAAACUGCCGGGACUUCUUGCGGCAGGUGUUUGUGGAAGAGAAGUGGCGCCCCACUGCCGAGCUCCUGCUAAGCCACCCCUUUGUGCAGGGGGGCUUCUGACACCUUCCUGCAUUGCCCCCGACCCCCCUUCUGCCCUGCCCCAGCCUCUAGGGCCCCCUGGUGCCCCUAAAUGGGGUCCUCGAUGCCCUUCGGCCCAGCUCCUCGCCUGCCCAAUGUCUCACAGUCACCGCACUCCAACCACCCUGCGCUAUCCCAGGGAAGAUGCUCUCGGGUCCCUCUCCAGCCCUGCAACACCGUGCUUUACAGAGGAGGGCCAAGCACACAACACAAUUAACCUCCCCUGGUCCUGCUUAGAUGCCACUCAUUUUACUUGUGACAAAUUCAAUAUGUUACUGUCAAAGUCCAGGUAGUCCAGGUUGUUGUGGCGUUGUCUCUGGCUGGCCCCUUCGUCCAGCCCAAAACCUCCAUGGGGGGUGGGUGGGUCAGACUUCAUGGGCGCAGGGCAGGGGGGGUGAGGGGGGGGUGGCAUGGGCAAGGCCUGUGCGGGCUGGUCCACAGCAUAUGUGACGCCAAACUUGCUGCUCCUACCUCCAGCAGCUUCCCAGCCAGAGAGAUGCAGUGGUGGCACACCACUCGCGGGGUGUUCAGCUGAUGUGCUUUGGGAUUAAGGGGGAUCAAUUGCAUGACGGUGAUAUGGCACCUGAGUCAUCCACUGUAGGAUGUGACAAAAGCAUUUUCCCCAUUGCUGUAUGUCUCACAUUCAGCUGUUAGGAAGGCAGAUCAUUUCGAUGUCAGUUCCACCACCUCCCCCCCAAAACAAAUCAAAUCCAAGUUUCAUCCCAUUGGAUUGCAUGUUAAAAGAGACAACAUGCAUGUCAAUAAGAAAGUGUCAGUACUGUAACAAAUACUCAAUGGAGUCUUUUUUAUAUGGUUGAUUAUAAUGGUUAGAAUCUAACCAUUUGAAGAUGACAGACCAAUACAUGUGCAACCACCGAAGUGGUGAAGGUGUAUGUCAAAGUUGUUAGUCUUCUGAAUGUGCAAAAAUUCUUUAGAUAGAUGAAUAAUGAAGCACACAAUUUGUAAUGCAAAAUUAAUUUUGAGAAGGUAACAUGACAUGAUAUGAUUAUAUAAAGCACUCGGCCCCCUAUUUUAGGAGUCAAUCACUGUACUGAAGUCAUUUGUUCCCUUUUGCACUUUUGUAUCAUGCAUUCAUAGGGUGUUAACCAGGACAACAGAAAAAAAAAGAUUUUUUACGUUUUACAAAUAAAAACUUUGUAUUUUUUUUUUAAGAGAGCCAUGUGGCCAAGUUUGGAGGAGAAUACCAAACAUUUUGUAUUUUUUUUAAAAACACAGUAAACAUACAUGGAAAUGUUCUUAAAUUGUUUUAGCAAUACUGCUAUACAGACAUGUACGGCUUGGCUGUAAAUACUCACACAUGCCCAUGUUUUCUUAAAUCACAGUAUGCAUCACACACCUCCACCCAAGUGACCAAAGAGUGGCUUAUAUCUAUGAGGAAAUGGAUGGCAAAUGUGAUACACCUUAAAUGCUAAUUUUAAGAUGCAAGUUGACGGAACCUGAGUGACUCAGUGAGUGAUGUGUAACUGGACCAUAGGCCUACUGUUGUCCUGAGAUGAAGGCAGUUUUCUUUUGCAUUAGAGUGCCUUUCAUCAUGAGGGAGAAAUUGGAUGAAACUGAAAUUACUUUAUUUUGAGCCCAUCUUUUAUUAAAUUGAUUACAAUUUGUCUGGUCUGGAUCAUCUGUCCUCAAGUGAUCAAUAACAAAAGUGAAGAGCUAACAGCAAUGGAAGAGGUUGACAAGUAUAAUGUCCACAUUUGCCAUGCAUUAAUUCACAGAAAACCAUAAACAAUAAAAGUGCCUUAAACCAUAAUGUAAGAACACAAAUGGUAAGAGAUAUGAAUUGACAUCUGUACGUAUUCCAAAAAAGAAAUAUAGAAAUGUGUUCUUUACAUGGAACGAUUGUAUUGUAAAUAUGUUAUUCUGCACUUUUGUAUGAAAUUACAUUUCAUUAUAUUCAAAUUAUAUUAGUACCCAAACUUUCUGGAAAUGGAAAUUCUUAAUAAUUCAGAGAAGUCAGUAGCCUAGAUCAUGAUAACGGUGCUUUUGACAGGGGCUCUGACAAUUCAGUCUGGGCCUUGAUGAUGAAGCCUGGAACAUCCAAUAGUCUAUAUCUUUUGUACAUUUGAUUUAAUAAAUUAAAUGUUAAAAACA